UUUACGCACUCGCACGCGGGAAGCCAGCGCACGGACGCACGCCGCGUCGACGCCAGCUCCGGCCAUCAUCAUCAUGGAGACGACCAAGCUGCCCCCGUCCAGCCCGUCCUCGCCGACCACCAGCUUCUCGGUGCCGUCCGCGGAGAAGGUGGACGGCUUCCCGCGCAGGUCCAUGCGCAGAGCCCGGCAGAGGAGGUCCCACAGCUCGUCCCAGUUCCGCUACCAGAGCUCCCAGGUGGAGCUCACGCCUCUGCCCCUGCUCAAAGACGCCCCGGUGGCAGAGCUGCACGACCUGUUCUGUAAGAAGCUGCAGCAGUGCUGCGUGCUGUUUGAUUUCCUGGACUGUGUGGCCGACCUGAAGGGGAAGGAGAUCAAACGCGCCGCGCUCAAUGAGCUGGUGGAGAGCGUGGCCACGAGCAGAGGGGUCCUCAUCGAGCCGCUCUAUCCGGAGGCGAUAAAGAUGAUCUCGGUAAAUAUCUUUCGGACUCUUCCACCCAGCGAAAAUCCCGAGUUUGACCCGGAGGAAGAUGAGCCGACACUGGAGGCUUCCUGGCCGCAUCUGCAGCUGGUGUACGAGUUCUUUCUACGAUUCCUGGAGAGCCCGGACUUCCAGCCUUCCAUGGCCAAACGCUACGUCGACCAGAAGUUUGUCUUGCAGCUCCUAGAGCUGUUCGACAGCGAGGACCCGAGGGAGAGGGAGUACCUAAAGACCAUCCUGCACCGUGUCUAUGGAAAACUACUGGGCCUCCGAGCCUACAUCCGCAAACAGAUCAACAACAUCUUCCUCAGGUUCAUAUAUGAAACUGAGCACUUCAACGGAGUGGCGGAGUUGCUGGAAAUCCUCGGCAGCAUAAUAAAUGGCUUCGCCUUGCCUCUGAAGGCCGAACACAAGCAGUUCCUGGUUCGGGUCCUCAUCCCGCUACACACAGCAAAGUCCCUCUCCAUCUUCCACGCACAGCUGGCCUACUGUGUGGUGCAGUUCAUGGAGAAAGACGCUACAGUCACUGAAUAUAUCAUCAGAGGGCUGCUCAAGUACUGGCCAAAAACCUGCACGCAGAAAGAGGUGAUGUUCCUGGGGGAGAUCGAGGAGAUCCUCGACGUGAUAGAGCCAUCUCAGUUCAUCCGGGUUCAGGAGCCUCUGUUCAAACAGAUAGCGGCCUGCAUCUCCAGCCCUCACUUCCAGGUAGCGGAGCGGGCUCUUUACUUCUGGAACAACGAAUACAUCCUCAGUCUGAUAGAGGAGAACUGUCAAGUCAUCCUGCCACUGGUGUUCGCCACCCUCUACAGAGUCUCCAAGGAGCACUGGAACCAGACCAUCGUGUCUCUGAUCUACAACGUGCUGAAGACCUUCAUGGAGAUGAACAGCAAGCUGUUCGACGACCUCACUGCCUCCUACAAAGUGGAGAAACAGAAGGAGCUGAAGCGGGAACGGGAGCGCGCGGAGCUGUGGCGGGGCCUGGAGGAGCACCAGGAGCGCCGGAUGCAGAUGCUCACGGAGGCCGCCAGGAACCAGCGCAACCUCCAGGAGCGGGGCGAGAGAGGGGACGCGUUGUCUCCGUCGUCCCCGCAGACGGCCCACUCCGACCAGCCCGAGCCCAAGCCCAGCGGGGGCUCGUCCGGGGCCGGGGAGAGCGCCACCUAGGCGCCGCCUCGCAGAGGAAAAACAUGGAAAACGUGGAGAAAAGGGGGGAGAUGUUGGUAGUUGGAGGGGGGAAGGGAGAAGACACGACGCUGAUGGUGAAAGUGUUGGGAGACAGAAAAAGGUACAAAACAAGUUCAGUUCUGUUCAUCUUGCAUCACGGAGGAGGCGGCUUUUCAU